AUGGGUUGCAAAGGAAGUUUCCGAAUUAAUUUCAUCUGGUCGCAACUGAGAGGAACUGGGACUCUGGGAGGACUCUUUGGCUGUGUCUCUGUGAUCUAUCUUGAAGGUUUGUCAUCAUAUACGCUGGUUGCAAAAGAUCUUGACCAAUUGUUUGAGAAAGUGGGAAAAUGCAGUUUCUUAAGAUUCUUAUCCAAGUUUUUGAUUGUCAUAUUGCAGACCACGAUGGUUGCCUUUGGAAAAAAGCUGAAGGAAAGGCAAAUUCAAGAAUGGCAAGGAUAUUAUAUCAAUUACAAAUUAAUGAAGAAAAAGUUGAAGCAGUAUGCUAAUCAAAUUGAAGCUGGAGCACUAGAUCGUCGACAUGUUCUCAAGGACUUCUCAAGAAUGCUGGAUAUUCAGUGUCUUGGAUCUUUGCUAGUGCUGUUAGAGUUUCUAAGUAAUCUGGGCAUGGUUAAGGAAAGGCAAGUCAAAGAGUGUUUAACUAAUAUAGAGAAAAUUGUUCUCUUUAUGUUGGAACAGCAAGGCCUAAUUGCCAGCCGGAUUGCGAAGCUUGGUGAACAACAAGAGGCUCUUCAGGAAGAGCCUGACAUAUCCAAACUAUGUGAGCUACGAGAAGCCUACAGGGCAGUUGGGCAGGAUCUUCUAAGACUUCUCUUUUUCGUUGAAAUGAAUGCCAUUGGUCUGCGGAAGAUCCUUAAAAAGUUUGACAAGCGUUUAGGAUAUAAAUUCACUGAUUAUUAUGUCAAAACUCGCGCCAGCCAUCCCUAUUCCCAGCUUCAGCAGGUCUUCAAGCAUGUGGGUUUGGGAGCUGUUGUUGGAGCUAUAUCUCGCAACCUCGGAGAUCUUCAGGACCGCCAAGGAAGCUACUUAUCGAUUUAUGACCAACCUGCACUUCCUCUUGAGGAUCCUGUUGUUGACUCACUAAAACAGGCAGCCGACAGAUUGACCCACUCGACAAAUUUCCUAAGCUUUUUGGGUCAACAUGCACUUAUCAUGCAGGAAGAGUUACCUUCUCAAGUUGAGGAACCUGCUGAUGAGGAGAGAUACCAUUUCAUGUCACUUAUUCUCAACCUGGCAAACACUUUCCUUUACAUGGUCAAUACAUACAUUAUUGUUCCCACUGCUGACGACUACUCGUUAAGCCUAGGGGCACCAGCUACAGUCUGUGGUGUCGUGAUUGGGGCAAUGGCAGUAGCACAGAUAUUUUCUUCUGUGUACUUCAGUGCUUGGUCCAACAAGUCGUACUUCAAGCCGUUGGUGUUUAGCAGCAUAGCUCUUUUCAUUGGAAAUGCUAUGUAUGCCUACGCGUAUGAUCUUAAUUCGAUAUCAGUACUUCUGAUUGGUCGAAUAUUUUGUGGUUUGGGUUCGGCCAGAGCUGUUAACAGACGUUACAUUAGCGACUGUGUGCCACUCAAAAUCCGCAUGCAAGCGUCAGCAGGUUUUGUUAGUGCCAGUGCAUUGGGGAUGGCAUGUGGUCCUGCACUAGCUGGGUUACUUCAAACUAAUUUCAAAAUCUUCAACAUCACUUUUAACCAAAACACGUUGCCUGGUUGGGUAAUGUCUGUGGCUUGGUUGUUCUAUUUAGUAUGGUUGUGGAUUUCGUUCAGAGAACCUUCUCAUGAUACUGAAGCCAACCAGGCGCCAAAGGAAUCUAGUGCCGCACAAAAUGAUAAGCUUGAGAAGGGCCUUGUACAACCGUUACUUAAGUCAGGAGAACAUCAAGAUGAUGAUGAUGAUGACGGGGAUCAAGAAUAUGAUAUAAGUGAAGAGGCUAAAGAGGAAUCUCGUCUGCCAGCCAAUUCUUUUGGAUCAGCCUAUAAUUUACUCACACCUUCUGUAAAGGUUCAGUUGUUGAUUUACUUCAUGCUUAAAUAUGCAAUGGAAAUUCUACUUUCAGAAUCAAGUGUGAUCACAACAUACUAUUUUGGUUGGACGACUAGCAAAGUGUCGAUCUUUCUUGCGUGUCUGGGUCUCACUGUUCUUCCUAUAAACAUCAUUGUUGGAAGUUAUAUAAGCAAUAUGUACGAGGACAGGCAAAUAUUAUUGGCAUCAGAAAUUGUCGUCUUGCUGGGUAUAGUUUUCAGCUUCAAGUUUAUAAUCCCAUAUUCUGUGCCACAAUAUGUCUGCUCUGGUCUCGUCAUGUUUGUAGCUGCUGAAGUAUUGGAAGGUGUCAAUCUGUCACUGCUCUCCAGAGUGAUGUCAUCCAGGCUUUCACGUGGGACCUACAAUGGCGGCCUUUUGUCGACUGAAGCCGGUACUCUUGCCCGUGUGGUUGCAGAUGGAACAAUAACUCUUGCCGGGUUAUUGGGGCAAACCAAUCUAUUGAACAUAACACUUAUUCCAUCGCUCGUCAUCUGCAUGGUCUCCAUUGUUGCGACGUGCUGUACGUACAAUUCUUUGUACUGAAAAAAAAAUAAAAUAAAUAAAGGCUAUUUCAUUUAGAGAAUUGUUUGUCCAUUCGUUAUUAUUUGUCGUUCGGUUGUCAUCAUUUUGUUUUUUGUUUUUGUGUUGGGUGAUUUAUCGAUUUUGAGGAGGAAGAGUACAUUGUUACAUCCUCAUUCUGAGUAUCAUGAAGCUGUCACAUGAUACUGUAGUUCAUUUUGUUUUGGAACUGUGUAUAGAUCUUGUUGAUAAUCAUGAUAAUGGAAUACCAUACUACCUGUGAUCAACCCCUGAAGAGAAAUAAGUACAGUAAGAAAGAAAAAGCACUGAAAUGAUAUUUCUCCCAAUAUAUUAAUGCACAAUGUCUGGUUGUU